GAAUAUUAUAAUGCAUGAAGGUAGUUGGGGGAUAUCUCACACACGUGUGCCAACAGAAUCUCGGCCAGGUCACGUAGCCCUGAUAGCCGGAUUUUAUGAAGAUGUCAGUGCAGUUGCCAGAGGAUGGAAGGAAAAUCCUGUUGAAUUUGAUUCUCUUUUUAAUGAAAGCAAGUACACGUGGAGCUGGGGAAGCCCAGAUAUCUUGACUAUGUUUUCCAAAGGUGCUAGUGGAGACUAUGUUUAUGCACAUAGUUAUGAUGCUAAAAAAGAAGAUUUUGGUGCUGAUGAUGUAACAAAACUGGAUACCUGGGUUUUUGAUAAUGUUAAGGACUUCUUUGAUGCUGCCAAAAGCAACCAGUCCUUGUUUUCUAAAAUAAAUGAAGAAAAAAUAGUUUUUUUCUUACAUUUGUUAGGAAUAGAUACAAAUGGACAUGCUCAUCGACCAGCAUCAAGGCAGUAUAAGGACAAUAUUAAAAAAGUUGAUGAUGGAGUGAAAGAAAUCGUGUCCAUGUUUAAACAUUUUUAUAGAAAUGAUGGGAAAACAACAUUUAUCUUUACUUCUGACCAUGGAAUGACAGACUGGGGUUCUCAUGGGGCUGGUCAUCCUUCUGAGACUUUAACUCCUUUAGUCACAUGGGGAGCUGGAAUCAAGUAUCCCCAAAGAGUAUCAGCUCAGCAAUUUGAUGACACAUUUUUGAAAGAAUGGAGAUUGGAGAACUGGAAGAGGCAAGAUGUCAAUCAGGCUGAUAUUGCACCAUUGAUGGCUUCCCUUAUUGGUGUUCCUUUUCCCCUUAAUUCAGUGGGAAUCCUUCCUGUGGAUUAUCUUAACAACACUGAUCUCUUCAAAGCAGAGAGCAUGUUUACAAAUGCAGUACAGAUUCUUGAACAGUUCAAGGUGAAAAUGACUCAGAAAAAAGAAGUUACUUUACCAUUUUUGUUUACACCAUUUAAGUUGCUUUCUGAUUCUGAACAGCUCAAUAUUUUAAGAAAAACAAGAUCUUAUAUAAAACAGAGAAAGUUUGAUGAAGCAAUUUCCCUUUGCAAAGAGCUGAUUCAUCUUGCAUUGAAAGGAUUGUCCUACUAUCACACAUAUGAUCGGUUCUUUUUGGGCAUCAGUGUUGUUCUUGGUUUUGUGGGAUGGACAUCUUAUACUUCUUUGUUGAUCAUCAAGUCUCAUUCCAACCUUGCAAGAGGUGUUAUUAAAGAAGUUAAGAAACCAAGCCAUCUCCUGUCAUAUACCUUUGUAGCUGCUGGCCUUUUUAUAGCAUUUUUCUUGCUGAUUCAAGCCUGUCCCUGGACUUACUAUGUAUAUUGUUUGUUACCACUGCCAAUAUGGUAUGCAGUUCUAAAAGAAUUUCAAGUUAUUGAAGACCUUGCUGCAUCACUGUUGACCUUUCCCCUGAGCCAUUUUGUUGGGUACCUGUUAGUCUUUACCCUAGGAAUUGAAGUAUUAGUUCUCAGUUUUUUCUACCGCUAUAUGCUUACAGCUGGACUUACUGCAUUUGCGACUUGGCCAUUUCUCACUCAGCUGUGGACUCGAGCGAAGAUCACCUCACUGAGUUGGACUUUCUUCUCUUUGCUCCUGGCAGUGUUCCCACUGAUGCCUGUUGUGGGUCGAAAGCCAGAUCUCUCCCUAGUAAUGGGUGCAGGCUUGCUGGUUCUUCUGCUCUCCCUGCUUGUUGUAAUACCUCUUAUAAAAAGAAAAGAUGGUUUUGUAAAGGAAGAGCUAUUCGUAUAUCUAUUACAGAUGCUGAGCACAGUGCUUUCCAUGUAUGUUGUAUAUAGCACCCACAGUAGUCUGCUCAGGAAAGGGGGACUGCCUCUGAUGAAUCAAGUUGUUAGCUGGGCAACAUUAGCCUCUUCCUUGGUUCUGCCACUACUGAGUUCUACGAUUCUCUUUCAGCGGUUGUUUAGCAUACUUCUUUCCUUGAUGUCAACCUACCUACUUCUAAGUACAGGGUACGAAGCUCUCUUUCCAUUAGUAUUGUCAUGUUUGAUGUUUGUCUGGAUACACAUGGAACAAGAAACCCUACAACAGUCUGGUGUUUCCUGUAAAAUAAAGCUUACCAGUAUCCAGUUCUCCUAUAAUACUGAUAUAACUCAGUUUCGACAGCUCUGUCUGGAUGACAUCCGUAGGGCCUUUUUUCUUGUUUUUUUCUUAGUGACAGCAUUUUUUGGAACUGGAAAUGUAGCUUCUAUUAACAGCUUUGAUCUUGCCUCUGUCUAUUGCUUUCUGACUGUAUUUAGUCCUUUUAUGAUGGCAGCCCUGAUGAUGUGGAAGAUUUUAAUCCCCUUCGUUCUUGUAAUAUGUGCUUUUGAAGUGGUGCAAUUGACUACCCAGUUAUCGUCUAAAAGCCUUUUUCUCAUUGUUCUCGUCAUAUCAGACAUUAUGGCUUUGCAUUUUUUCUUCUUGGUCAAGGAUUAUGGUAGCUGGCUUGAUAUUGGAACAAGCAUCAGCCACUAUGUGAUUGUGAUGUCCAUAACCAUCUUUCUGGUGUUCCUCAAUGGCCUGGCACAACUGCUCAUAACAAAGAAACUCAAACUGUGGGGCAAACCCAAAAGCCAUCUCAUAUGAUGUUGCUGAAGCUGUCAUUCAGCAUCUGGAUCCUGUUUCUCUUUCUCCUUUUACACUAAAAUCCCAGCAAGGAUUCAAUAAGGAGAUGGAUAUUUAUGUAUAGUAUAUCUACUCCUGUAAAGAAAAUUAUAUCUAGAAUUCUGAAUUUACAGGUUAUCUAGAAUAAAGGAGUUUCCUUUUUCUUUUAGGUUUUGCAGGUAUGAAAUUGUGAUUAUAUCUGUGGAAAAGCAUAGUAAAGUAUUCUCCAUUUUCAUUUUUUUCCGUUAGCUGGCAGCUCUUCUCAGUGAUGUUUCAGAACAUUUGAAACAAUCUGGUCCCCUGUCAUACCGUUUCCCGUAUACCCAAAGGAGAACGUGCACCUGUGGGGGCAGCACUAAUGGCAUCCAAAAUUAUUGCUGUGGCUGAACUUGAAGGAAAUCACCAGGUGGCACCAUAAAUAUUUAUUAGCUCUCAG